AUGCAAAGUGAAAUACUACGUAGGUACCUAAGGGUCGUGUGUGAGGAGCCGGUACCGUCGUGGGUGCAGGCAGCGGGGACCGGCGCGGCGCCGGCGGAGCGCUGCGAGCACGCGUGUGGGGUUGGGCGCGCGCCCGUUCCGCCACAGACACUCUCCGGCACUGUUGUUGUGCAGGUACAGGUGCAGGGCGCGGGGGGCGGUCGCCGGGCACGUGGCGAGGCCGGUGCGGCGCGGAGCAAGCGGGCGGCUCCUCGACAGCCGCGCGCGCCGCGCACUGCCGCGCUCCGCCGCCGACGCGCUAUCGACGCCCGCCCGCGCCCGCCCGCCCAGCACACCACUCAUCACUCGUACGUGUGCAUCUCCUAA